AUGCAGGGGCAGCGGCAGGCGUUCCCGGAGGCCAUGGCGCCGCCGCCCGCACCGCCCGGACAGAAAGUUGUCUACCGCUUGGUGCACGCAGGCCGGCUGGGUGUUGUAGGUCUGCCGGACAUGUGUGACCGUUCGGGGACUUCCGAGCGUCAGAAGGGGGACGGCAGGCCCACGCUUCUCCUGACGAGGGCGGAUGCGUCGAUGGCAGAGCACGAGCCAUCCGUCGGUGGCGCCAGCGACUUUGUCCUGCCCCCGUCGGCGCCCGAGGCGACGGCGCCAGUUGCAUCGUCGCCUGGCGGCCAUUGCACCGCCGACGUGGCUGAGGCAAGGAGGGCGAGGAACCGUGUGCAGCAGAGGAACUUCCGGGCGAAGAGGAAGAGGAGGAUGGCGGAGUUGGAGACCAGCAUCCCGGGCCUGCGGCAGGAGUGCUGGCGGAUGUCGUCCCCGUCUCGUGGCGUUGUGGUAACGCUGGCGGGGUUGAUGCGACCAGCGCGAUGA